GAAACUUGUUUUUUGUUAUUGAUUCAGAAUCGUCAUCGCGUUGUUGCUUGACGACCGACAACCGGACCCGGUUUCAAGUCUGACUAUGCAAAUCGAGAGUUUUUGUGGUUCUCUGGAUUCCUACGACGGCCGCGUGUAUGGAAACUUCUAAGCAAACCCAGACGACGGGAUACCGCUGGCAGUUGUUACAAGGUGGUUGAGUGGUGAGGAUCUUAGAACGAAGACGAUCAGAAUGGCGAGUUUGAAUCGAGAUUGCUUGAGCGAGCACGACCGACAGGUGCUGGAAUCGAUAUUCAAUCCUUCGCAAAUCGGCGGAGAAGAGCUGAUCUAUACUGGGAAGGAGGAGUUUCCUGAAGAUCUGCAAGACUUGACCGAGCCGGACAACCCCCGCAUCCAACAGUCGAAAAAGUUCGAAAUUGACGCAAUUGAACUUGCCGAGGGCGGAAAACUGCAAGAAGCGAUCGAGCUAUUCACCAAGAGCAUUACAGCAGCACCGGAACGACCUGCACCGUGGAACAAUCGUGCGCAAGCGUACCGGUACUUGGGCAACGAGAAAGCGGCACUGCAAGACAUCGAACAGGCGCUGAAGCUUUCGAACCGGUCCGGCAGGACGGGCUGUCGGGCGCUUUGCCAGCGUGGUGUGCUUCGAAGGAAGAACAACGACGCGGACGGGGCCCGAGAGGAUUUCGAAGCGGCCGCCAAGCUGGGCAGUAAGUUUGCCCGAACGCAGCUGAUCGAGCUGAAUCCGUAUGCGGCGCUGUGCAACCAGAUGUUGCGGGAGGUGAUGAAGGUGACGUGAUUGGUUGGGGUUUAAUAUUUUUUAUAGAUAUUUAGUUUAUUUUGCGUGAAAUAUACAACGCUUUGGAAUGA